AUGUCAUUUGAGCUACCCAAGGUCUCGUACGCAUACAACGCGCUGGAGCCGUUUGUGGACACGGACACGAUGAACAUCCACCACACGAAGCACCACCAGGCUUACGUGAACAACAUCAACAAGUACAUUGCAUCCGACAAGGGCGCUGCUCUCCAGGGCAAGUCGAUCCUUGAAGUCGUGCAGUCGGCCACGGAGGCCCCGGUGCGCAACAAUGGCGGCGGCCACUACAACCACUCGCUCUUCUGGACGUGGAUGACCGCGCCAGGUACGACGAACACGGCCCCGCACGGUGCGCUCAAGACCCGCAUCGACGAAGACUUCGGCUCGCUCGACCAGCUCAAGCAAGAGUUUAACGCGGCGGCGGCAUCGCGCUUUGGUUCUGGCUGGGCCUGGCUUGGUGUCAAGGCCGACGGGAAGCUAGCGAUCACGUCGACGCCUAACCAGGACAAUCCGCUGAUGCCCAGUGUGGACCAGCCACUCAUCCCGAUCCUCGGUCUCGAUGUGUGGGAGCACGCGUACUAUCUCAAGUACCAGAACCGUCGCCCCGAGUACAUCUCGGCGUUCUGGAACGUUGCCAACUGGGACAAGGUCGUUGAAUAUUACGACGACUUCGCAUCCAAGGGCAAGCCCGUGGACGUGUAA